CGCCAUAGCAUUUACAAACCUAACCCGCCAUUUUCAAUAGAGCGUCACUCGUGCAAUUUUUCUUAAUAAUAUUUGUUUUGUGAUAAAUAUAAUUUAUAUUCAACUUUGAUUUGCAAUAAUCUCGUCGCAGUAGCAAAAAAAAGAGAUAAUGUCUCAAUUCAAUUUUGUGAGCGACUUGCAAAAUGCCUUAAUACUGGAUGGAGAAACGCGCGGACCGCCGCCAAGAUGGCAGAAGAAGCUGGAGGCGUCGCUGAAUGGUAGUGUAAAUACCACCCGAUCGGUGCUGUCGGUAUCAUACAAUACCAGUUUCUCUGGCGUCCAGGCGCCCAUUAAAACUCCGGGCAAAUGUGCCGAUGCAAAAGCCAACAAAAAGCAAACACCGACAAAGACGCCAGGAGGCGGAGAUCGCUUUAUACCCAAUCGGGCGGCUACCAACUUUGAGUUAGCACACUUCUUGGUAAAAUCGGAGAAAGGAGAAGAGGAGAACAAUGAUAGCAAUGAGAAUAAUGUAAAGGCUUCGGCUCACAAAGAUGAGCGACAGAAGCUUAUUGCGGAAGUGGCCCAGGUGCCGGAAAGUGGACAAGCAGCCGGAGGCUCUCGCAUAUUGUGCUAUCAAAAUAAAGCACCAGCUGCACCUGAGUCCCAUACAAAUCCCCUCAAGGUUGUCUACUCCAUUAAGACUCCCAUAUCGACGAAAAGCGGUUCGCGCUAUAUACCCACCACAUCUGAGAGAAUUCUGGAUGCUCCAGAUUUUAUCAAUGAUUACUAUCUAAACCUAAUGGACUGGAGCGGAGAUAAUAUUGUAGCCGUUGCCUUGGGCAGUUGUGUGUACCUGUGGAAUGCGGCCAGUGGCAACAUUGAACAGCUAACUGAAUUUGAAGAGGGCGACUAUGCUGGCUCCUUGUCCUGGAUUCAAGAGGGCCAAGUUCUGGCCAUUGGCAAUAGCACUGGCGCCGUAGAGCUCUGGGAUUGCUCGAAGGCCAAGCGUCUGCGUGUCAUGGAUGGCCACAGUGCCCGGGUUGGUUCAUUGGCUUGGAAUUCGUUUCUGGUCUCAUCGGGCGGACGUGAUGGUCUAAUCAUUCACCAUGAUGUACGCUCAGCUAACCAUAAAAUUUCCUCACUUUCGGGUCACAAUCAAGAGGUCUGCGGUCUUAAAUGGUCAACAGAUUUCAAAUAUCUGGCCAGUGGUGGCAAUGAUAACCUGGUUAAUGUCUGGCCAUUGGCCUUAAGUGGUGUGGGCACAGCCACAGAGCCAUUACAUCAAUUUAAUGAACAUCAGGCAGCUGUCCGUGCCUUGGCCUGGUGUCCCUGGCAACCGAAUACUUUGGCCACUGGCGGCGGCACAGCCGAUCGGUGUAUUAAGUUCUGGAAUGUAAGCAACGGUUCGCUCAUCAAGUCCGUCGACUCCAAGUCACAGGUUUGUGCCCUGCUCUUCUCUCGCCACUACAAGGAAUUGAUAUCGGCUCAUGGUUUUGCCAACAAUCAAUUGACCAUCUGGAAAUAUCCCACUAUGGUGAAACAGGCUGACCUAACCGGUCACACAUCUCGAGUUCUCCAAAUGGCCAUGUCUCCCGAUGGCAGUACAGUGAUCAGUGCCGGAGCAGAUGAGACUUUACGUCUGUGGAAUUGUUUUGCUCCCGAUCCAUUGGCUUCCAAAAAAGUAUCCAGUGUCAAGAGCAUGGCCAAACAGAGUGUUUUCCGGCAGAGCAUACGUUAACAAACAGGAGGCUAUAACCAAAAUUUUAUUUUCCAAAACGUUCUCAAUUUUCUUCGAAUUUCUUAGCAUGUUCUUUUCUAAUUUGCCAUAUUUAUAUUUUUGGAUUUAAGUUGAAAUUCCCUGACAAAUUGUUAAAUUAGAAUUAGUUGUAGUAGUUUAUUUUAAUUAAUUGGUUUUUUUAAGCUAUAUUCUAGACAAAUGUGAAAAUUUUAUUAUGUGCUUGCUGCUAAAUGACAAAGCGAUAUAAUUUUGUGAUUGUAUAAUGACUUUAUGUGAAACUAGCUAUUUAACUUUUGACUCUUUUAUGAACAAUUAAUAAUUUUAUGUAAUACUAUAUAUGUCCUUGCAAAAGAUUUGAAUUUCAAAACGUUUAUGAUAAAUUUACAUCUAUAUAUAGUUCAAACUACUCGCUGUCUUUAUUAGGAUAUUCAUUAUGAAUCAAUUUAUGAUUAUGAAUUAAAAUAUCCUGAUUAUAUAGUCUGCAAGGACAUACAUAUAUGUAAUUCGUUGAGACGACCGUUUUGUUAUCUCUUAAAUAAAAGUUAAUUUCAUUAUGUUUA